AUGGCUCAUGGUUUAUCGAAUUCAGAUAUGAAAAAAGAAUUGUUUGAUGAUCAAACUACAUUGGAUGAUAAAUUAGAUAAACUAGCUGAAUGGAUUAAAGAAAGUAAACAUUUUAUUGUAUUUACUGGAGCUGGAGUAUCUACAUCAACUGGUAUUCCAGAUUUUCGUAGUGGAAUGGACACAGUUUUACCAACUGGACCAGGUGCUUGGGAAUUACGAGAUAAUAAUACGUCGCGUUCAAAAAAAGCAGUUGUUAUUAAUGACAUGCAUAAAGCUAUUCCAUCACCUACACAUAUGGCUUUAGUUGAAUUACAACGUCGUAAAAUAUUAAAAUGUUUAGUAUCACAAAAUUGUGAUGGAUUACAUUUACGUAGUGGAAUGAAUCCAAAAUAUUUAGCUGAAUUACAUGGUAAUAUGAAUUUAGAAUCAUGUUCAAAAUGUGAUGCAAAAUAUUUACGUGAUUAUGAUGCAGCAACUGGUCGUCUUGAUCAUUACACAGGUCGUAAAUGUGAUAAACCUGAAUGUCGUGGUCAAUUAAAAGAUUCAAUCAUUAAUUUUGGUGAAAAUUUACCUAAAGAGGAAAUAGAAAAAGCAUUUAGACAUGCAGAAAAUGCUGAUCUUUGUCUUGUACUUGGUUCUAGUUUAACUGUCACACCAGCAGCUGAUGUACCACUACGAGUAGCUAGACGUAAUCAAAAGUUAGUUAUUGGUAAUCUACAACGAACACCAUUAUAUACAAUGGCUACAGUCAAUAUACAUGCAUUUAGUGAUACCAUUAUGCAAGGUCUUAUGGAAAGACUUGGCAUACCUAUUCCACCAUGGAUUGUUCGUCGACGUGUGCGCGUUACACGAGAAAGUACAUCCGAUAAUAAAAAUUAUGAAAUUUUGAUCGAAGGACGUGAUCCAGAUAAUACAAAUAUACCAUUUACUCUUUUUAAAUCUAUACAAGUAGAUAGUGAAGGAAAAACAAUUAAACAAAUGAAUCGUGAACCAUUUAUAUUUGAAAUAUCAAAAAAGAAUGCUGACCCAAUAAAUAUUCAAUUUCAUUUUUUUGGUCAUUAUAAUGAAAUUCCAUUUAAUUUGAAUUUUACUAAUAUUAAUGAUGUUCCACAAGAAGAUGAACUCUAUUUAUUUUAUAAUCCAAUGAUUGGACAAUGGCGUAAAACAAAAAAUCCGGAUGAUUUUCCUCUGUAA